CCUCGCCGCGCCCCUUCCGCCGCUGUGCCGCCGGCCCCUGCCCCGGCACGGCCUCUUCUCGCCCUUGCGGCCGCUCCGUCCGUGCUGCUUCGCCCCUGAGGCCCGGCUCGGCUGCUGGCGCGGUGUCCGGACCUGUUGGGCUGUGUCCCGACAGCCGCGCUUGGCAGCGGCGUUGCUGGAGCCGGUGAGGUAGGAUGGGGAAGAGCUGCAAGGUGGUGGUGUGCGGCCAGGCCUCCGUGGGGAAAACGUCCAUCCUGGAGCAGGUUCUGUACGGGAACCAUGUGGUCGGCUCCGAGAUGAUCGAGACUCAGGAGGAUAUUUACGUGGGCUCCAUUGAGACAGACCGGGGUGUGCGUGAGCAGGUUCGCUUCUACGACACGCGAGGCCUGCGGGGCGAUGGCAUGGAGCUUCCCAAGCACUGCUUCUCCUGCACGGAUGGCUACGUGCUGGUCUAUAGCACUGACAGCAAGGAGUCCUUCAAGCGAGUGGAGCUCCUCAAGAAGGAGAUUGACAAGUCUAAAGACAAGAAGGAGGUCACCAUUGUGGUUUUGGGCAACAAGUGUGACCUUCAGGAGCAGCGCCGUGUGGACCAUGAUGCAGCCCAGCACUGGGCCAAGGGUGAGAAGGUGAAGCUGUGGGAGGUGUCUGUGGCCGACCGGCGUACGCUGAUCGAGCCCUUCAUCUACCUGGCCAGCAAGAUGACCCAGCCCCAAAGCAAGUCUGCUUUUCCCUUGAGUCGCAAGAACAAGGGCAGUGGAUCCAUGGAUGGCUGAGCCUUGUUUUUCCCUUUCCAUUGCCACUUCCUCACCUCCCUCUUUCCCUUACACAUCCCUCCUGCUCCACUUGUUUGGUGUCACGAAGCCUCUGGGAAACAUGGUGGCAGGAGCAACAGGCAUCCCAGGGCUGGGGAUGGUCUUUGAGAACGAGAGAGGUGAGCCAUCUCCCUGCAGCCGGGCCAGGGCUCGCUGUUUUCACUGCCCAGUCCCUGCAGAUGUUGGAGGUGUGUCAUGAUUUGACACGACAGCCUUUUCUGGUAAGGGGGAAGGGGCUGUAAAGAUGGCUCCUGUAAGAAGUUGCUCACAACUCUCGCCAGCUCUGAGCCAGACCCACUUCUGGGGCUGAGCCAAUUAAGACUCCUCCACAAUCACUUUUUAAGAAGGAGCUGGAAGAGGAGGUUUCUUCCUCCAUCUUUUUCUUUCUUCUGCCCCUUCUUCUUCUUCUGGCUGGUGGUGGUGCAAGGAGUAGGGACAGUGAGAGAAACAACCAUGCGGAUUCCAAGGUCAGUGAUGAAAGAGAGGAGGAGGUGUGCUGGAGCAGAGACUCCCCUGAAUUCUGCAGAGAGAACUGGUGAAGCUGAGGUUUGUUUUCAUGUCUUUAAAGACCCUGCAUCAGAGGUAGAGACUCAUUUUGAUAAUGAGCCCGCAUCAGGGGCAGAGACUCAUUUUGCUGAAGCUGGCCCUGGACCAGGAGCAGCGAUUCGCUUCAUUAAAGGCCCCGAGCCAGGGACACUGACUAUGGCCAGAGGAGGCCAUGUCCCUUGGGGGUGAUCCAACCACUUCACUGCAGACCCCGAGCCAGGGGAAGUGAUUUUCUUCUUUAAAACUAUGGCUGGAAAAGGCCGUGUCCUGAGGAAGUGACACAAUAUCCACAGCUGUAACUGUGGGGAGGAACCCACGACAAAGCAACUCAUUAAACUUAUGCCCAGAAGAGGCCUUGUCCCGAGAGAGACUCUGCUCUCUGUAACUGCAGAGACUGCAACUGUGGCAAAGAAUCCACACCUGAGAUAUUCACCAAGGACUGUGUCCCUUGUGAGGGACCCUGUAUGGGCAUAAGCUGCAGCUGCUGGGAACAACCCACACCAGAGAAGUUUGUUAGGGACUGUGUUCCAGGGGAGGAACCCCGUGUUGGAUCAGGAGAAGAAUGCCAGGAGUCCUCAUCUGAGAAGACAGAAGCAGCAGAGCACAUCUGUGAAAGACUGCCUACAUCCCCCAUUCCCUGCCCCCCUGAGCCGUUUGGGGGGAAGGAGGGAGAGAUCUGGGGAGCAGUGAGCUGGGCCCGGGAAGAGAGGAGGGAUGGGAGAGGGAGAUCUUAAAGUGCUGGUUGUAAUCUUCUCAUAAUCCUACUCCCUUUUUGCUUUUAUUCUGCUCUGUCUCUUGUAGAAUAAACUUUCCUACUUUCCUCUCUCA